GCAGAACGGAGCCCGGCAAGUCCCCGGGCGGCGAUGUUGCGGGCGCCGGCCCCUGCGUAGGGCGGGCGCUGUGACAGGCCGGCCGGUGAGGCACCGCCGGGGGAGGCCGCGACGGAGCUCCCGGACCAGCCAUGGGCUGAGACACGUCCUCGCCGAGCAGAACAUGCCCGGGUGACUUCCUCCCAGAUCUUCCUGUGGCCUUCCUCGCCCACUCUAGUGACACUAUGCAACCCCAGCGUGACCUGCGAGGCCUCUGGCUCCUGCUGCUGUCCUUGUUCCUGCUCCUUUUUGAGGCGGCCAGAGCUGGCCGACCCGUGGUUAGCUGUCCUGCCGCCUGCUUGUGCGCCAGCAACAUCCUCAGCUGCUCCAAGCAGCAGCUGCCCAACGUGCCCCAUUCCUUGCCCAGUUACACAGCACUACUGGACCUCAGCCACAACAACCUGAGCCGCCUGCGGGCUGAGUGGACCCCCACCCGCCUGACCCACCUGCACUCCCUGCUGCUGAGCCACAACCACCUGAACUUCAUCUCCUCUGAGGCCUUUUCCCCAGUACCCAACCUGCGCUACCUGGACCUCUCCUCCAACCAGCUGCGUACACUGGAUGAGUUCCUGUUCAGUGAACUGCAAGCACUGGAGGUGCUGCUGCUCUACAAUAACCACAUUGUGGCGGUCGACCGCUCCGCCUUUGAUGACAUGGCCCAGCUGCAGAAACUCUACUUGAGCCAGAACCAGAUCUCCCGCUUCCCUCUGGAACUGGUCAAGGAAGGAUCCAAGCUACCCAAACUAACACUCCUGGAUCUGUCCUCUAACAAGCUGAAUAAGUUGCCAUUGCCCGACCUGCAGAAGCUGCCAGCAUGGAUCAAGAAUGGGCUGUACCUACACAACAACCCCCUGCACUGCGACUGUGAGCUCUACCAACUCUUUUCACACUGGCAGUACCGCCAGCUGAGCUCCGUGAUGGACUUUCAGGAGGAUCUGUACUGCAUGAGCUCCAAGAAGCUGCACAAUGUCUUCAACCUGAGUUUCCUCAACUGCAGCGAGUACAAGGAGCGUGCCUGGGAGGCCCACCUGGGUGACAACUUGACCAUCAAGUGUGACACCAAGCAGCAGGGGAUGACCAAGAUGUGGGUGACACCAAGCAAUGAACGGGUGCUAGAUGAGGUGGCCAAUGGCACGGUAACGGUGUCCAAGGACGGCAGUCUUCAUUUCCGGCAGGUGCAGGUCGAGGAUGGUGGUGUGUAUACCUGCUAUGCCAUGGGGGAGACUUUCAAUGAGACGCUGUCUGUGGAGUUGAAAGUGUACAAUUCCACCUUACAUGGACACCAUGACACCCUCAACACAGCCUAUACCACCCUAGUGGGCUGUAUCCUCAGUGUGGUCCUGGUCCUCAUAUACCUAUACCUCACCCCUUGCCGCUGCUGGUGCCGGGGUGUAGAGAAGCCUUCCAGCCAUCAAGGAGACAGCCUCAGCUCUUCCAUGCUUAGUACCACACCCAACCAUGAUCCUAUGGCUGGUGGGGACAAAGAUGAUGGUUUUGACCGGCGGGUGGCCUUCCUGGAACCUGCUGGACCUGGGCAGGGUCAAAACGGCAAGCUCAAGCCGGGCAACACCUUGCCAGUGCCCGAGGCAACAGGCAAAGGCCAACGGAGGAUGUCAGAUCCAGAAUCAGUCAGCUCAGUCUUCUCUGAUACGCCCAUUGUGGUGUGAGCAGGAUGGGUUGGUGGGGAGAUUCUGCCCCAGGAGAGGUAAUGCACCCUGAAGGAUAUUAGGGGAUGGAAAGAGAGGGCUGGCUGGCCAAGGGAGUGGGUUCCUCCUGACCUCAAGGGAAUUGGUCACAGGUACAACAGAGGGCAAGACCCCAACCAGGGCGUGGCUGCCAUAAUUUUCAAAUAUGGAUAUAUUAAUCCUCAGGCAAAUGCUACAUCCUUACCCAAAGCCCUGGCAAUUCUCAGUGUGGUAGAGGAAGAGAAGCAUGUCUGAGCUGGAUGGGAAUGAGGAAGGAGUGAGGGGACAAGCAGAUGCCCUAAACUUUUUUGAGGUCAUCGCUAGCUCCUUAAGAGAAAACCAUUUGGGAAAAAAAUUUUUCUGUCUCUGCCCACCCACACCUGUGAUGUUCUGUGUGUUGGGGGGAGCUUCCACAGGAGCCACAUUGGGGGAAAGCUGUGGUAUCUUCUUUGGUCAGGAAGUCAUACUUCACAUCUGGGGAAAUUGGAAACCUUUGUAAAAUGAGUUAGGAAAAGACUGAGACCUCAAUCAAUAACACUCCUCAAAUCUAUUGAGAUAAAGCCUUCCUUUUUCCUGAUAAGCCCUGGGUGGGUGGAUCUUUGCAGGAGCCUGGCCUUUUGCCUGUUUGGUUAAGGCAGCAAGGUGGGAUGUGCCUUGUCCUAGGACCAAUGGGACAGGUGUACAGCAUGAACUGACAGAUCUGUGUCACAGCUGAAGUGCCAGCGCAGAACUUGUAGAUGGGGGGUGAACUCCAGAUCGGCUAAUUCCCUGGUUGGUGAAACCCUUGGUUAGCAUUUGAUUCCCAGCAUCUGUGUGUCAGACCACAGUGGGGGCUGCUAAAGGCAGAGCUUUUAUGGAUGCCUGCCACAGAUGUGGUACAUGGGCCCACUUCACACUAGGAGGAUGAAGGUAAAUCUGCCUCCAUUAUGUAGCAUCCAGCUGGACCUACCUGAUUUUCUGUGUAUACCAUCUCUUCAUUCAGUCUCCCUAUCAAGCUCAGGUGGGAUUCUGAGUUUUCCCUAAUAUGCUGCUCUGCAAAGGGAGGAGCCAGGAAAGUCUGGCCCUAGCUGGGUUAGACUGGGCUUGGAGGUAGAGGGGACCUGGUAUGUAUCUCUUCUAUACUGACAAGGCUUCCUCGCUCAGAAAUCUCACUCCUGCUGCAAAGCCGAAGCAUGAGAUUUUAUCAUGAGAGAGGUUGGAAGUGGGUGGUCUCUGCCCCAGACUGGCAAUUUGGAGUGGGUCUUAGAGUUCUGCCCUCUCCACAAGAUUCCACGUAAUCUAUAGCAGAGACCAUCAGUAGCACUAAACUUACAGAAGGAAAGUUCUGCCACCCCAUCCUUCAGUCAGAGCUCUGAGCCAUUGUGGUUGUCAGGCCAGAGGAACUUAAAAAAAAUGAGCCCACCAUAUGUUCCAUCCAAGAUUGCAGAAUACUUUUGGGUAUGGAGAUGACUGAUCCCUUUAACUUUUCUCUGUGAUUAUACUGCAUGCCCUGGGAAAUGGUUGCUCUGAGCUUUGGCAGCAGGAUGAGCAGGGCAAAGGUGAAAAUGUUUUCUGACAUUGGCCUUUUUCAGUGUCUCUUCUCUCCCAUAUUUCUUGUCCAUUGGAAGUUCUCCAUAUCCUCUAAUUUUCUGACCUGCUCUUUAGAUCCCAAGAGGUGUUAUUUACCUGCAGAUGAGGGCUGCUUGUUAGGAGGGCCUGACUAUUAAACUUCCUGUUAAGAUUGGGGAAGGGGACUGGAACUCAACAUCUUCCCCUUGUCUGGUCCUGGGAUCUCAAGACUGCUGUCCAUCCUUUAUUAGUAACCUAGUUUCAUUGAGAGAGAGGUGCAGCAUUUCCCUCGAGUACUUGCAUGCUCCCAGGUAUGCAUGCUUAUAGGUAUGCAUGCACACCAGCACCUUGACUUCCAUCAGGACAGUGAAUCUGUAGUCCCCACUAAUGCUCCUCUCAGAAUGGUCUCCAUCUAUGUGCACAACUUCAUGCACACAAUUUUCUUGCCCUGUAGGAGAGACAGUGACCAUGCCAGGCUCCUCAAAUACACAAACUCUUGUACUUUCAUUUAUGACCUCCCUGAAGCUUCACCCACAUCUCCAUGGCACUGAAUCACUUUUCUGCAAACGCUGGGGUUCGGAGAACCAUGGGUUGAAGACCUUGGGAGAAGGGUUGGUGAGCUAGCUGGUUUUUCAGGCUCCUCAGAAACCCUCCUUAGAUUAAAGUCUAUAUAUAUGAGAAAUUAAGAUAGAACUAGGUCAAUGAGGGACCCAGAAGAAAACUGGCAGGGGGCCAACCAGCUGUGAGUUGCUCUUCCUAUGUUAGCUCCUCACAGAAGAGAAAAGUUGCCUGGUUAUACUCCAGAGACUUCUGAGGAUUUUGUUACUGGAGCUAUAGGAACCCAGGACUCCUUCCUCAGACUUACCAGGAAACCUGGGAAAAUCUCAUUUCCAUGCUACAGUUUCCCCUCUUGGCACCAUCUAGGGCUCUGAAAAUCUUUAAAGUGAGUGUCAAAUGAAGUAGGCAUUCUGGUGGAGCUCUUGAGGACCAGGAGGGCCAUUUUCUUCAUUAGUCUUACCCAGUUUAGGGAGUGAGAGAAGGCCUGCAGCUCUGAGUCUCCCUACUCUAUCCACUAGGUUGGCCCCUAGUUUGAGACACCUGGUAGAUGUGCCUGGCUGCCCCAACAAGAGAUUUAACUGAUUAGCCUCUUCCUGUGGUUUCAGUUGAUAGAACCCAAAGGUAGCCUUUUAAUUGGGUGAUUGAGUACUCAGCAUAUGUAAGCUCACUAGAACCCUGUGUAGAAAACUACCAGGUAUGGUUAUAAGAACAGGCUAAGAGAUCACCUCCUCCUCACACCCCGCCCUGCACCCAUAACCCAGACAUGUCUCCUGGGAAGCAGGUGUCCCUGGAGACAGAGUGUGACAGGCUCUACAAUCUAUGUAAUUAUUUGUGAUUUUUUUUUUUGGCCUAUAUUUAUGGGGCUCCCAGGAGGGGCCAGGAGAGGGUACAGCCCAGCUGGGGAGAGCAAAGCCUACUGAUUCCAGUUUUCUGUGUUCUUACCUCUGUGCUUCCUUGUAGCCCUGCUGGCAAAGCAAGCAGGCCCCCCGUGUCCAGGACCCUGUUUCUCCCUUGUGUGUACACCCAGGCUGGCAAACCUUGGAGCCUCUGGGCUCUACAAACUAGACAAUGAUCAUUAAACCUGGCUUGAGUCUCUGUUCUGGCA